GGCAUCUGCUCCACAUCUCCAAGUGGUCAACUGCAGUCAUCUCAACUAGAAAGGGACCCGCAGCUGCUUCUUUUGAAAAAAGCACGCGCUGCUCCAAUCCGGUCGUCAGCAUGGCCUUACCCAGGAUAUCGACUCCGAUUACGGAGCUUUUUGGCAUUCAACACCCUGUGCUGCUGGCGGGGAUGAACAUCGCUGCGAGUCCGCAGCUGGCGGCGGCCGUAACGAACGCUGGUGGCUUGGGGGUUUGGGGCGGCGUUUUCUACACGCCCAAGAUGUUCAGAGCAAAGCUGAAGGAGCUGAAGGAACACUUGAACGAUCCCAAUGCUCCCUUUGGCGUGGAUCUUUUGCUACCUCAAGUUGGCUCUGGCGCACGUGCCACGAAUUACGACUACACCAAGGGUGACUUGCCCGAGCUCAUCGAUAUCACCAUUGAAAUGGGUGCCAAGCUUUUUGUGAGCGCUGUGGGCGUCCCUCCCAAGUUCGUGGUGGAUAAAUUGCACGCAGCCGGAAUCCCUGUGAUGAACAUGGUCGGGGCGCCGAAGCAUGUGGCGAAGGCACUCGAGGCGGGCGUGGACAUUAUUUGUGCUCAAGGCGGUGAAGGUGGAGGACACACCGGUGACGUCGCCACAAGCAUUCUGAUCCCCAUGGUCGUCGACACCUGCAAAGGAUACAAGUCACCUCUCACAGGAAAGCAAGUGCCCGUGAUCGCGGCGGGUGGCAUUUGCGAUGGCCGACACCUGGCCAUGUCCAUGGCGCUUGGUGCUGAUGCGGUGUGGGUUGGAACACGCUUUGUGGCAUCCGUCGAAGGCGGUGCACCGAAGGGACACAAGGAGGAUGUGGUGAAGGCGGGUGUGCACGACACCCACCGCACCGAGAUCUACACCGGCCGCCCCAUGAGGAUCAUCAAAAACAAGUACUCGGAGAAUUGGGAAGUGGAGCGAAACAAAGAGAUGCGUGAUCUCUUGAAGAAAGGCGUCAUUCCCUACACCACUGAUGUGGAGCUACUCGAAGAGAAGGCGGAGGGAAAGAAGCAGGAUGUGCCCACGCCGGUGGGUGCUGAUGCCAUACAUCCCUGGCUCUGCGGACAGGUGGCGGGAAUGAUCAAGGACAUUCUUCCGGCCAAAACCAUCGUGGAAAACAUGGUGGUGGAAGCAGCAGAGAUGCUCCAAAAGAACGCUACCUGCGUGUCCUUGCCCUCUCGUUUGUGAGGACAGGACCUUGAGUACGUCAGAAAAAUCGGUGUGAAGACCGUUCGCCACUCGGGGAUGAGGAUCCCUGUGAGGCGCCAAGGAUAGACUUGUGCGAUUUCGCCCAGGAGAAGCGGAACACGGCCCCAAAUCGAUGUGAUUGAUCCUC